AAAGAACUUAAAUUGAAUCAGAUUGCAAAAAACAUAGAUGAGUUAAAGAGAAAGCUUAAAAGAAAUAAGUCACCGCUUCAUCAAAGUCUCUACUCUAGUCUUAUUCGAGUAAAUCUAUCCCAGUUAAAAUGGAGAAAUCCUCUGGCCAGCCAAGUUAUUAGUGACGACUCAAAAUUAGUGCAGGAGUUGAAGGAUGAUGAACUACGAGAUUCCUUUAUGGAACCGAAACGAAAAAUGGUACUAAGAUCUCUCCAACAAUUGUGCAAAGAAAGUGUAAAGAAUUUGUGA